ACAUUAUUACAUGGUGGGGAGGUAACAAGAUAUUGGUACUGCUUAGCAUAAUGGGUGUGUAACUAUCUGUACUAAGUACAGAUAUGAUUUACAGCUGACGAAAAAGGAACUCAUAUUAAUAAUAACUCUGAGUUAUUUGGAGAAAUAGUAUUCUUAAUAUUCAGCUAUGGAAUAUGAUGCUCGGUACAAGAAUCUGCUUUUUGCAUCUGAAAAUGACCAUGGAGAUAUUUACGAAACUGAGAGUGAUAAAGCCACUGCAGAGAAUGUAUCCAGAUUCAAAUCUCAUGCAGGGCAGACUCUAUGGAAGAAAUUAAACAAGAAAAACACACUCUGGUCAUUUAUAAUAGUACUGAUGCUUGCCACAACCUGCUUGCUUGCUUCCACUAUUUUUUUAAGUUUGAACUAUAAAAAAGUGUCACAGCUCCUUAUGAAAGAAACACAGACAAAUGAAGAGCUGAUUAGUAACUACAGCAAAAUGCCAAAAGUGGAGCCUAAAUUUAAAAGUGGAUACUUUGUAACUUCAGACAUUGGACGUGUUUGUGUGCUUGACUCACUUUCACUGACAAAAUGGAAACUAUUCAACAUGUCCAUGUAUUUCUUUUCCACAACUCCUCAACCCUGGAAAAGCAGCAGACAAUACUGUCAACAAAUGGAUGCUGAUUUAGUAGUGAUCAACAACAAGGAAGAACAGGAUUUUUUAAAAGAUAAUUCAAGAACAAAUUACUGGAUUGGUUUGACUGAUGAAGGUGAAGAAGGGGCAUGGCACUGGGCAGAUGGAACACCACACAACAUUUCAACAGGAUUUUGGUGCAAAGAUGAACCUAAUGAUGCAAAGGGUGAUAAUCACAUGGGUGAAGAUUGUGCUGCCCUGUGGACCAGGCCUCCAUGUCAGUUGGAAUGGAAUGAUGAAAACUGCCUCCGAUCCUUCAAUUUUAUUUGUGAAAAACAGAUCAAAUGCAACUCUCCCUAAAUCUGCGUCAUUUCAGUGGCAAUUUCACCGAGUGGCAGAUAACACAACAACAAAACAGAGUUUAUUUAAAAAAUAUAACUGUUAUGCAUUCAGAUUGAUAAGACAAAUGGAUGUGCUUCUACUAUUUUAA